CUGUCUGGUCUUGAACUGACUUCAUCAGAGCAGACUUUAGCUGGAGACAGCCCUCACUGACUUCUAGUUGUGGAAUACAUUUGUCUGAUAAAAGCUUUAUCCGGAGCCCAAUAAGGAAGAAAAAAAGAAAAGAAGGGGUGUGGAUUGAAACUCGCCUGGCCAGCUGUUAGGAGCACCUCUGAAGGCAAGAAGAGUGUCAUCAGAUUCACAAUGGACUCUCUCAUCGCAGCAAAUACCAAGUUUUGCUUUGAUCUGUUCCAAAAGAUCAGCACAGGUGACUGUCGGAAGAACAUCUUCUUCUGCCCGCUGAGCCUCUCGGCCGCGCUCGGCAUGGUCCGCCUGGGGGCCAGGAGCGGCAGCGCGCGCCAGAUCGACCAGGUUCUGCACUUCAACGAAUUUUCCCGGAAUAAAGGGGACGAGCCGGAUCCCUGUCUGAAAAAAGCAGAGCAAGAAGUGCCUGCUGACAGCAGCCUGGAAGGGCAGAAGGACGUGACGGGGUCCCUGACCCUGCAGACCGAGUCUUCAAAGGAUGAGAGUGGACUGCUCAGCUGCUAUUUCGGGCAGCUUCUCUCCAAAUUAGCCAGGAUCAAAGUCGAUUACACCCUGAGUAUUGCCAACAGGCUUUAUGGGGAGCGAGAAUUCCCAAUCUGCCCGGAAUACUUAGAUGGUGUGAUUCAAUUUUACCACACAACGGUCGAAAGUGUUGAUUUUCGGAAAGACAGUGAAAAAUCCAGGCAAGAGAUUAACUUCUGGGUUGAAUCUCAAUCCCAAGGUAAAAUCAAGGAACUCUUCAGCGAGGACAGUAUCAACAGUGAGACCGUGCUGGUGCUGGUGAAUGCUGUCUACUUCAAGGCCAAAUGGGAGAAAUAUUUUGACUGCGAAAACACGGUUGAUGCUGUUUUCUCUCUAAGUGAGAGUGAAAAGAAGAACGUGAAGAUGAUGAACCAGAACGGGCUGUUCAGAAUCGGCUUUGUGGACGAGCUGAAGGUGCAGAUCUUGGAGCUUCCGUACACGAAGGGGAAGCUUGACAUGGUCGUGCUGCUGCCGUCCGGCUCUGAGGACAACCUGAAGGCCCUGGAAGAGCUUGAAAGAAAUAUCACCUACGAAAAAUUCGUGUCCUGGAGCAGUUCAGAAAAUAUAUCAGAAAAAAGAGUAGCUGUUUCCUUCCCUCGGUUCAGCCUGGAAGACAGCUACGAUCUCAACCCUGUUCUACAAGACAUGGGCAUCACGGAUAUCUUUGAUGAAACAAAGGCUGACCUUACUGGAAUCUCUCCAAGUCCCAGUUUGUACCUGUCAAAAGUUGUCCAUAAAACUUUUGUGCAGGUGGAUGAAAAUGGCACCCAGGCAGUCGCACCCAGUGGGGUUGUCGGCAUGGAAAAGUCCUCACCAUCCUGGGAGACAUUUAAUGCUAACCGCCCUUUUCUCUUUUUCAUCAGACACAACAAAACCCAAACCAUUCUCUUCUAUGGCAGGGUCUGCUCUCCUUGAAAGGGGAACAUGGUCUGGUGCUUGGAGCUGGGAGAAAGCGAUGAUACGAUUCACCCCUGGUAUCACACGGGCAUUUGCGUUUCGCUAGCAUCCAAAGCUGACUGAAUUUCAUCACGACUCCACGCUCGCCACCUCCGGCCGUUGGUCCGCACUUCUCCUGACCUUUCUCUCACCCUGUCGCAGGUUCUCAUCUAAGUCCUUUAGUGCUAAAAGGUCCUGCUCCCUCCCUGAACUUUCACCACCCUAAGCUUUCAAGCAUAUAAAUUUACCCACUGUGACCUCAAGGUCAGCAUCAUUGAGGACGAUAUAGAUUCUAAGUUACAGACCUCCUUAUAAAGGAAUCCUGAAAGUUCAAGUCAUUAGUCUGCUUCUAGGAACUGGCAGACUCAGAAAACACUUUUCCACGAGUGGCAAGAGAAAAGGUUUCCGUGGGAUCUGUUUUGGAAACGCAGCUGCUCCUGCUGUGACCCUGUGCCCCGGGCGGGGCGCUCCUCCUCUUCUGUCUUCUGCUGCCUGGAGGGUGUCCUGUGGGGCUGGGCUUGGUGGUGGCUCAAGGGAGUAAGACUCCCCCAGCAGCCAGCGUUUUGCAGAGAGCAGGGUGGCAUUUGUCUUGUGAAUCUGACAUGGACUCGGGAGAGUAGCCAGUGAAUUAAAGAGAGACGCAGUCUCAGUUCUCCUUAUAAAGCCAUCAGCAUGAGGCACUUCCUCUGUCUCUUCUUCACACCUGUCCUCAGAGAAUUCUGCUCUGAAGUUGCUCCUAAGGGCUUCCCUGGUGGCUUAGACGGUAAAGAACCCGCCUGCCAAUGCAGGAGACCUGGGUUGGAUCCCAGGGUUGGGAAGAUCUCCUGGAGAAGGAAAUGGCAACCCACUCCAGUAUUAGAAUACUGGAAAACCCCAUGGACAGAGGAGCCUGGUGGCUGCAGUCCACGGGGUCGCAGAGUUGGACACGCCUGAGGGACGGAGCUGCGCCGCACCGGGCAUGCGCUGGUGGCCCCUGACAGCGCGCUGCGGGAGGGAGGCAGGGGCCGCCCUCACUGCGGCCCCUCCCGUGCCUCCCUCCAUCCUCUGCCACGUGGCCCGAUCUGUCCUCCCAGAGGCCUCCUAAGAGCCCACUGGGGCCUGGGCACGAUGCUCGUGGAAACCCUUUCCCAUCAACUGCAAGCUAGACACCAGAGCGUUCAAGACCCCAGGACACAGGGCCUUUGUUCUCGGAGGUGCCGAUCUGAGAUCUUGAUCUCUGCCUCAACUGCAUGGUCUGGAGUGACCACUGACACUCUCCCGUAAAGGUGGAUUCUGGUCUGGCUUGUGGUCCGGUUUCCUUGCCCUGUGACUGCCCUCCUUCCGGCUGCCCCUGUGUUGGUGAAGUGUGGCUGUAGCAGUUUCUACAGGAGGAGGCGGGUUAACUUCACAUGCUCUUGUGCUGGGCCUUCCCCUGGUUCUGUCUGUGCUCUCUCUCGUUCUCUCUCUUGUUCUCUCUCUAGUUCUCUCUCUCGUUCUCUCUGAAGAGACAAGGGUCAUGCCCUUUAUACAGGCGUCUCAUGGUUCAGACUUGCUCACAGCAUAAAAGAUUCUCAUUGGUAACAUGAGGCUGUUCUUCCAAGUCCUUUACCCAGAAUACAUCUCCCAUGUGUCAAAUUUAUCUCAGAUAAUCAAAAAUCGUCUCUCCCGUGGUUCCUUUUUGAGGGUAGGGUUUCCAGGGCUGGUUCCAUACUGACCUGACAGUGCGGUUGGACACUGACCUUGACCUGUAUUAUGGGUCUGGCAUUGUCUGGUGUUGCUUUUGUUCUUAUUAUUUUCUUUGCUAUGCAUAUUUUCUCAUUUGCAUUGGGGUUUUUCAGAAUUUUAAUCACGAAGGGAAAAUGAAUCUAUUUACAAUAAAGAGAAGAGUGUGAUUCUUAAAUCUGUCUGAAGUCAGUAAACCCCAUCUUUACUGACCUUUCACUGAUCAAAAUGUUUCCUAGUGAAUAAAACAUUUUGUCAUAAAAUAUG